AUGGCUAAAUGGAUGUACACGAUAGACUUGAUUAGAAUCAUUGUAUUGGGCUGUUUCUGGAUUGAGUCGAUGUGGAGAACAUCGAGUAUGCUCUUUAACGUGCUUUCCUGGUACAUGGUCAUGGUGAAUGUACUGGUGAACAUGUUGUUCGUGAACAACUUAAACGUAUUGAAAGCGUGCUUGUCUAAGAUAAACGAGUUUUUGGAGAGUUUAAAGAAGACAUUGAUCAACGACGAGCCCCAUCUUCUUAGAAGAGUCUAUCAUACACAGAAGAAUCCUGUACUGCUCAUGGAAUUGAAAGCUUGUAGGAGACAACAUCUGGAGAUUAGCAAAAUUAUCGAGAUAUUUAAUGAGGCCUUUGGCUUUGAAAACAUUGUUACCGUUGCAAUUACGUUAGUGGGUGUUACGUUUAACAUCUCCGAUUAUUUGGAAGUCAAUACCAACGAUGUAAAAGCCUUUGCGAUAGACCGUAUCGUAUAUCUGACUUAUAUUAGUUUGCACUUGGUCUUAAUCAUCGUCACCUGCGAGAAGCUCAAGAAUGAAGCGAAGACUAUUGGUAUCAACAUCCACCGGAUUCUAGUGGUUACUUCCAAUCGUCAACUGACUACACAGUUGGAGUUCUUCUCUAUCCAAGCUUUACAGCAGAACCACACGAUUUUAGCAAAGGGGCUAGUAAUAGACGCCACCCUUUUGACAAAGUUAAUAGGAUCUAUCACGACGUACGUGUUGAUAUUGGUACAAUUCAUCAUUGUGAAACAUUGCUGA